AGAAGAAGAGAUCACAGAGGAGUCUCCUCAUCCCCAGCACUGAGGCUGCGGUGAAUCCGGUGACUCUUGCCCCAGUGUCCUAAAUUUCACCUUCUGCUCCUGGACCGUAUUGUCUUCUAGAAGAAUCUGCAUGAAGAUGAUGUCCUGCACCGAGCUGAUCACCAUGUGUCUACUGUCCGCCAAACAAUUCCCCAAGGAGAAACCCGCCAGAGCCCCCCUGCAGCCCAGCACCGACCAGGACCUGUCUAUAUUCCGGGAUAUAUUCCGGAGAGCAGACAAAAAUGAUGACGGUAAUCUCUCCCUCGAUGAAUUCCAGAGCUAUUUCUCCGAUGACGUCCUGAACCAGGAGGAUCUGAGGAAAAUGUUCAUCCGGAUAGACAGCCGGCAGAGCAAUAACAUGGAUACAGAGUUGCUAUGUGACUAUUUCUCGGAAUACUUGGGGGAGUACAAGAACGUUCUGGCCGCCCUGCAGAACCUGAAUGUGACUAUACUGACCGCCAUGGAUAAGACUAAAACGGACUAUGGCGAGGCCUCACAGACGGAGCAGUUUGUAACGCGUUUCCUGCUGCGGGAGACGAUGAAUCAGCUGCAGUCCCUGCACAAUUCCCUGGAGUCUGCACUGGAGGCCGUAGAAUCUCAGACUAGACAAGACAGACAGGACCUUGUGAAGCCGGAGCCUAAGAGGGUUGGGCGCAAAUGUAAUCGCCGCAUUGAGACGUCCCCCAUCCUGGCCCCUACAGACGCCUAUUCUGCUCUUCUGAGAACAGCAGAUGGCGACACUCAGUGGUCUGUACAAAUCAAUCGCCUGGAGCAGCUCAUCGACAAGCUGGAAUGUACGAGUCCGCGGCUGCAUCCGGUGCAGGAAGAUGUGACUUCUGUGACUUCUAGUGCAUCACAGAUGGAGAUCCUGGUCUCCCAGAGGCAGCUUUCAGUCAGUGGAGUCUAUAUGGGUCAGUUUAGAAUGUCUCUGAAGAGUUACAGUGAGUUUACUGCAGCCCAAGAACAUUGCUUACAUGUAUCCACUCGAGAUCUUCACUCCCAAACAGGCUACGUCCUGUAUGAAAUAUGGAGGGACGAGGAGUCUUGGAAGAGUCAUCUCCAGUCUGCACAGAGUAAAACCUUCCAGCGGGCCGUCAUUGAUUGUCUUGAAAGUCCAGAACAGAUGAAGACCAUGUUAUUUCCAGCCGACUGGUGGAGCCUUCAACCAUAAGAACCGAGCCGUAUGGACAGACCCUCAAGGCCGCCAUGAUGAAUCGCUACAAUACUGCCCGGUCCUGUUCACACCUUUAUAUGACGCAUACUAGUGGAGUCUCUUCCCUCCCCAAUACUCUGACCCCCGGUAGACUUGUCCUUCUUUCCUCUAUUGUCCAUGCUUGGUCUUGUUCUCCAUCUUCUUCUCCACCGUACUGUCCCUUAUGGGAUUCCUCUACGACCGACACUUUGUAGAUUUACGAGACUGCGCCAAUGUGUCUGACCAUGGCGUCCUCCUUCUCCAUGGCCGCUGAUCAGAUGAUCUCCCACCUUGAGCCCAUUAAAAGUUCCUGAGGACCAUUAAUAAAAUGUUCUGAAUAAACAA